GUAACUUUACAUAAUUCAAUCAGUACCGAUCGUUUUUAAAAUUUAAAUGCAAGCGUAUCUAUUUUUCUACAUUUGAUUGACGGUACGUUUGCCCAAUAGAAAGUUAGCAAGAGAUUCAGGACCAAUCGCCGGACAGUAUACGUGUACUUCUUAACCAAUGAGAUUGUUGUUGUUGCAGGAUGUAACCAAUCACAGUGAGGGGGCGGGCUCCUGUUCAAGGAGCGCGAACGGUUAAGGACAGACGACAACAAGAAAAUGGCGAAUAUGGACGAGUUUAGGUAACUUAGAGCUGUACCAGUGAGCGUUAUACGGACAUUUUAAGCACGUUUAGAUAUAUAAAUAGGUUCGGGCGUGUUUCGUUUCUACCGUAGGCGUCAUGUAGUUACUUCACGCAUGUUACGCUCGUCGACGCUAAUUUUAAAUCACGUAAUCUUGAGUCUCGCUUGUUAGCUAAGGCUAGCUGGCGUUAGCAAAACAGAAAUAUGAAGUGUCCAUAGUGGGCAGCUGUGAAUGGCGUCACUCUGCCCACACACCGUCAUAUAACUCUGGACCUCCAUACAUGUGAGCAAGGCGGACGUGUUCAUGGCUUAUCGUUGAGUGGAGGUCGGGGGACGACUCCGCAGGCGACGUGAUGGCUCUACACAACUUGGUGUUUGUUGUCGAUGUGGACGAUGGAGAUCAAGCGGACGUCAAGGCUCAUCUCGUGAAACGGGGACUGCUACAAACCCUGCUGCACUUCGGCUACAAGUACGGCUUCGACAAAGUCCGCUGGGGUUAUAAAUUCUUCCGAUCCCAAAGCGGCCGCGGCGGGAGCCUCCUGUCGCGGGGAUCGGACUUCAAGGAGCUUCGCCAUAAAACCUUCGAGGACUUUGAAGUGGAGUUGGAAGCCAAGUUCGACCCGAAGGAUAAACCGGCUCGGUCCCAGAAGCAGCAACGCGACCGGUCGGCCUCCGUUCAAACUGCACUCAAAGAGACCCUGCUGGACUUCCAGUGGGAUCGACCGGACAUCACGUCCCCCACGAAGCCGUCCCUGAGGCCGCGGAGGUCGGGCCGAGUGGGGGAGCCCGGCGUGGAGGAGGACGAGCUGUCCCCCGACGGGAGGAACGUGGUGUUCGUCGUGUCGGAGUGUCCACGCUCCAGGACGCAACUGGCGGACUACCUUUGUUUGGGGGACCGAGACCUGCCCACAGACGUGAGGGAGCGCAUCAUACCCAGAAGCCUUCACGACAUGCUGAUGCAGCGACAGGUCGCGCUGCACUGGAUCGACAGUAGAUCACACGUACAGCUCAUGAGUCGUGAGGAUCAGCUCAGCUUUGACGAGCUGUCUGAGGUCCUGGCUCGGCUGGGAGGCAGAGUGAUCCCCGUGGUGGCGCUGCUGAACCUCGGCUGCAGUCAGAAUCCAGACGCCGGCUUCAGGGCGCAGACUUUUGCAUUCAAGCCCAGCAUCGGAUACCUGCUGUCGUCCGAGGAGCAGCGGCGCUCGGCUUUUCCUGCCGUACGCGGCGUUCUGCGCUGGGAGCAAGGUGACGUGACGCAGAGCUGCGGCAUCGCGGUGGAGCCGGUGUUUCGCGGAGAGCGGCGUCUCCCCGAGUCGGUGGACGUGUGUCUGAAGGGAGUGCUGCAGGACUGGGACCAGUCCGCUCUCACGCAGACGGCCACCGAGGCGUGGGUGCUGCGGAGCUCCGGCGGCAGCGACCAGGCGGCGGCUGCUGCCUUCCAGCGUCUCCUCACGCAGCUGUCGUCUCACGCUCUGCACAUGCUCUCGGAGGUGAAUGGCGGCGGCGUGGCGCACUCGGCUGUCCUCUCGCCCCGGUCGCCCUCGACGGCUCUGCUCACCGUCCUCCGGCCAGGAGUCGCUCGGCACGACCGGCUCCUGGCCGCCCAAAUCACUGGCCCUGCCGCGCCAGAGACCUCGGCUGAACUGCCAGAUAUCGUGAGCAGUGUUCUGGGAGUGGUGUAUGACAUCAUGGAGCAGGAUGAGGACACUGUUAAUGACCACCCAAAGGAUCCUCAGGAUCCUGAGUGGGCUCAACAGGAAGUCAGCCGUUGUCCGCUGACAUCGGGCGUGUUGGAGAGUUGGUUCCCUCAGUCGGACCAAUCAGGAGUGAGUUCCCAUUUAAUGGAGUCAAUGAGGUUGCUGGAUGCGGUGCCAGAGCCGAGGGAAGAGGAGGAGGGGUCUCUCCUCCAGCAGGAGCUGCUCGCUGGUCUGGCCGAAUUGUAUCAAGCGUCUCGUGGCGCAGAUUCCAAAAAGGGCAAAAAACGCGGCGCCCAGUGCACGCCGGUGAAACAGAAGAUGAAGACGAUGAGCCGCUCCCUGCAGAUGCUGAACGUGGCGCGUCUGAACGUCAAAGCCCAAAAGGACCAGGCCGAGGCCGAGCAGCUCGGCGCCGAGUGCAGGGCGCCGGACCGACCGGGGAAGAGGCGUUCGAGCGACAGGAAUAAAUCCGGACCGACCCACACCAUCAGCUUCGUCAGCGAGGCGGAGCUGCUGUCCCAUCUGCAGUGCGGCUACGAGAAGGCGGUGGCGGAGAGAGGCGGGUCCCUCCUCGCCGGCGCCCGCCAGCUCCUCUUCGCCGUGAAGACUUUCCUCGGGACGGAGACGGAGCUGCAGGUAAAGACCUCCCAGUUAGUCCAGCAGCACCUCCUCAAGUCCAGCAAAUCCAUCCGGCAGCUCUACGGCUCGGCCGCCGACGUCGAAGGCAAAGUCAGAGAGUGCAAGCUUCAGGCGUUGCUGCGGUUGGAGUUGUGCAAGCUUUUCUCCACGGAGCCGUCUGACUCGCUGGAUGUGGACGAGAAGACGGAGGAGGUGGCUGAGAUGCUCAGGAUCAUCUCCUUGACUCAAGACCCCGUCUGCCUAGCGAGGUUCCUCGGUGACGAAGUUCUCCCAGGGUUCCUGACCACCAUUCCCAGAGUGCUGGCCGACCUCUACCACGGUCUGGGCACGCAGCUCCCCGAGGCGCUGGCGGCGGUUCUGCCGUCCGACUUCUUCAGCGACGAGUCGGUCGCCAAGGACAGCGUUUCUCCGUCGGCCUCGUCGCCCCCGCUGUCCACGCACAGCAUGGUGUCUGACGGCGGAGAUCGGCUGCAGGACCUGCGGAACCGCUCCGCCAGCAAGAGGAGGAAUGGGAUGCUGACUCGUCAUCGCAGCAUGACCGAAUCAUCACAGAGUCUUCGCCAAAUUGAGGUCCCCAAAAAGACGACAAAAACUUCCAAGUCAAAGGUCUUGGUUGCUGUUGGAGAACCUAAAGCUCAGAAACAAGAAACACAGGAGGUCACAAAGGUCAGAAGAAACCUGUUCAACGAAGAGAUGGUCUCCCCCUCGAAGAAAGUCAAGAUGCCGAGGAGCCGCUCGGUGUCCGCGGUGGAAGGCUUGAAACGCAAGAGAUCCCUCGAGUCCGAAGAGGGACACAAACUCCUCACAAAGAAAGUGUGUGAGACGCCCCACCACAAGCAGGUUUCCAGCCGCCUCCUUUACAGGCAGAGAAUGGGACGGAGCUCCGUCCCAACUGAGGAGCGCAUUGUGGAGGAGUCGCCAGUGAAACCUGCAGACGACCUGAGGAGGAGCCCGAGGUUAAAGGCGUUUGCUCGAAGGCACUCCAGCGUCUUCUACUCGAGUUCUCAGCCUCGCUCCCGUAACCUGGACCGGGCGCUCUCCGCCUCCCAGCUUUCGCUCGGCGACGGCAAAGUCGCCGCCGUCGAUGUGAAAGCCGUCCGCUCUCCCAUGCGCCUCCUUUUCGGGGCGGCCGCCUCCCCCCGCUGUGCCUCUGACCCGUCGACCAGGCUGUCCACAGACUCUAGUGUCUUUGAGAGUCCAAAUAAAACUCCAACGCGGUCACCCGGCAACCGUGGAAGAGCCAUGCACGGGAUCACAUCACCCAGGACCCCUCAAACCCCUCGGACCCCUCGGACCCCUCAAACCCCUCUGACUCCUCGAACCCCACCUCCAUCGAGGAAGUGUUUCCCUGUUGCCCAGAGCCCCGUGGCGAGUGGAUCUCGUGACCUCGGUCGGGCUCUGAGAGGAAGUCCGUUCAGAUCUCCAGCCCGACAGACUCUCGCGUUGGAGACGCCCACCGAGGAGAGCCCCCUGAGGAGCCCCCUGAGGAGCCCCCUGAGGGGGAUCCUCAGGACAGUCAAGGCGGACUCCGUCUCCGGACCACAUCUUCUCAGCAGUCCGCUUUUGAAGACGCCGAAGAAAAGCGUCACGUGGUCUCCGUCGCCUCAGAAGCGCCUAGCGGCGGCGGACGACGCCGCUGCUUUCAAAGUGCCGGAUUCUCCCCGCCGCGUCCCCAGACUGUCGAGAACUCCCAAGGAGCUCGGCUCGCCGCCGAGGCCACGCACCACAGACAUUUUCAAAACCCCGGAUAAGACUUGUCAAGUGAGCCUCGUCAGGGUUUCGGAACAUGUCCUGUCGUCGCGUGAAAAGAAUCCGAGGUCGUCUGAAAAACUUUCCGACGGGACGCAGACCCCUCAGAAGGACACGCCUCCCCCACAAUGCACCCCGCCUCCGGCCCACCGCCGCUCGCCCCUCAUGGGAACUCAACCCCAGACCCCGAGUCCUCCUCACAAAAUGCUGACUCGCUCCGGACGAACUCCGGGUAAAAGCUCCGCCCCCUCACCCGCGUGUGAGCCGGUAUCCACACCAGCGGACCUUUCGGAAACAUCGGAGACAUCGGGGAGGUCUCCGGGGAGAACGCGGUCGGGUCACGGCGCGAACCCCGGAUGGGACUCGACGCCCGGCCGGGCGAACGUUCCCGCAGAAUGUGACCGCACCGCGACCCGGCGGAGACGUCCGAACGAGGCGGCGCGAGCCGAACCGGACUCCGGUUCCCACGGCAACUCGCAGCAGCCGGACUCGUCGCGCUCCGACGACGACGGCAUGGACAUCGUGGACGCCGCCGUGGUGAAGACCCAGUUCAGCGGCGGCAUCAAGAUGAACAUCAGCUUUUCGCGGAAGCCCUCGAAGUCCGGCGAGGACGCGUCGCCGAGCGACGGAGGAGACGCGGCGCCCCGGACCUACGGCUUCCGGCAGACCCCCGAGCGGCAGCAGAGGGAGGCGGCCGCUCGCCUGGGCUACGGGAACGAACCCGCUCGGUUCUCCGCGCCUCGGGGCCCGGCGAGGCCGAGGGGCGCCGCCGCUCCGACGCCGCUGACCUACCAGGUGGAGCUGGAGAUGCCGACGUCGGGGCUUCCCAAGCUCAAGAUCAAACGCACGGACUCCGCCUCGGACGGCGGGCCUCGGUCGGGGGUCCGAGGCCCGCCUCCGCCGGAAAGCCCCGUGGCGCUCUCCAAGCACCGAGACCCGGGCUCUCUGCCGUCCGUCUGCGCUCACGUCACGCCGGCCAAGAGCACGCCGGGGAAAGGCGGAGGCGUCCAGACGUACAUCUGCCGGUCCUACACGGCGGCCACGGCGGACCUCAUCCCGCUGACUCCUUCGCCUCAGAGCGGCGGGAAGGCGACGCACAACUUCAGCAGCUGGCCUCGCCGCAGAGGGCUCAGAUCGGCGUGGGCGGAGCCAAGGAGCACCGCGGGCGAAGGCGAGCCGCCGCCGGAGGAAGCCGAGCUGAGUCGGCAGACUGCAGCAGGACGGCGAGGCGAGGCCUCCAGCCAGAAGGCGGCGGGGUUUUCUCUGGCUUCGCCGCCGCCGGCCGGAGAAGACGCAUCCCCUCUUUCUCCGGUGGAGGACUCGUACUGGACGGAGAAGCUGGCGCAGCACGCCGCCGCCGCCGCCGAUCCUCCGAGAGCGGACGAAGACGUCGUCUGGGCCGCCGGGGACGCCAAGUCGGUAGCGACGCCUCCCAACUCGAAGGCCAGGAAGUCGGUGACGGCGAGCGGGAUCCUGGCGCUCACUCGCUCCCCGCUGCUGUUCAAGAGCCAAACGGGCUCCUCUAGGAGGAGGACUCCCACUUUUAAAGACGAGGCGUCAUCGGGGAGGACGGCGGCCGUGGAGGGAGAGGACGGCGCCCCGUUCAGCCGGCCGAGCCGGCGCUCCAGCUCGAAGAACUGCAGCCGGAAGAGGCUGCUGCACUGACCCGGGAAAACUGUGACGCCGGGAGCCUUUUGAUUGGUCGGGAGCUUUUUAAUUGGCCGGGAAACUUUUGAUGUUCACGAGCCUUUUGAUUGGCUGGGAGCUUUUUGAUUUGCCGGGAACUUUUGAUGUUCAGGAGCCUUUUGAUUUGCCGGGAGCUUUCUGAUUGGCCGGGAACCUUUUGAUUGGCCGAUCUGAGAGACUCCUUUGGAGCACCACUUGAAGAGGCCUUUGAAGACGAAUGAAUGUCCCUCUCAGUCUCCUCUCCGUUCUCUAACCGCUGGCUUUUUUGUUUUAAUCGGCACAUUUCAAAGAUCGCAGAGAUGAAAAGCUGCAUUUCCUCUUUCAAAAUACACCUUUUGUUUUCCUCACGUGUCUCUGUGAAGCUUUUAGAUUUUUAUUUUAAAGCGCUGAUUUGCAAUCGAGGCUUAAGUUUGUUGAUAUAAAUACUAUUCAUGUAUAUUUAUUUAUUUGGUUUAAGUGAAAGGGAAGGUCCUAAUGACGGAUUCCGAUUGUAAAUAUCUUAUGUUGCCAAAGUCGUGUGUAAAUAAAUAUCAGUUUUCUUAA